UAUCGAUCACGAUACAGAAGUGGUACGAUCAAAAUCAAACUGCGACGUAAGCGAGAAAAAUCACCACAAAUGGCUCAGAAAAAGACAAAUUUUGUGGGAAUACCGAAAGAUCCUGAUUCAGACGAUGACGGGGAUAACGAAGUUGGAAAGACAGAUUUACGUCGCAUUGGAAAGACACCCUCCCAACGAUUAUGGCACUUUUCUGGUCCAGCUCACAUGCCAAGCCUGCACAAACCCCAUGCUGUGAUAGUAAUGGUCGGGUUGCCUGCAAGAGGGAAGACGUAUAUCGCCAAGAAACUUGCCCGAUAUCUGAAUUGGAUUGGUAUCAAUACAAAAGUGUUCAAUGUCGGUGAGUACAGGCGAAAAGCUGUGGGUGGAAAGAGUCCUCACGAGUUCUUUAGGCCAGAUAAUGAUGCGGCCCAACAAGUUCGAUUGCAAUGUGCCAAGGAAGCCCUGGAAGAUAUGGCAAACUGGUUAGACGAGGACGGAGAAGUAGCGGUUUUUGAUGCAACUAACACCACACGAGACAGACGACAAACUAUCCUAGAAUUCUUGGGAGAGAGACAUAUCAAGUGUUUCUUUGUGGAAUCAGUGUGCGAUGAUCCAGAGACAAUCCAGUCCAACAUCAGGGAGGUGAAACUAAACAGUCCUGACUACUAUGACAUCGACAAAGAGAGAGCAAUCAGAGAUUUCUUACAGAGGAUAGAACACUACAAGGAGACAUACCAAUCACUUUCUGAUGACCAUGAUAGAAAUCUGUCCUAUAUCAAGAUCAUCAAUGUUGGGGAUCGUUUCCUGGUUAAUAAAGUCAGUGGUCAUAUACAAAGCAGAGUAGUCUACUACCUCAUGAAUAUUCAUAUCAUCCCACGGACCAUCUACCUGACAAGGCACGGAGAGAGCAUGCACAACCAGAACGGUCGGAUCGGAGGCGACGCCAACCUGUCUGAGAGGGGUUGGUCCUACUCCAGGUCUCUAGGAGAGUACAUGUCAACACAGAACCUGCAGGAUCUCAAGGUCUGGACAAGCCGUCUCAAGAGGACAGUCCAGACGGCAUCCAGCAUCGACGUCGCUAUCGAGCAGUGGAAGAGUCUGGAUGAGCUUGAUGCGGGUGUGUGUGAUGGUCUGACGUAUGAAGAGAUCCAGAAGGGACAUCCAGAGGAAUUUGCUUUGAGAGAUCAAGACAAAUUCCACUACAGGUACCCUAUGGGAGAGUCUUACCAAGAUCUAGUGGCCAGGCUAGAGCCGGUGAUCAUGGAGUUGGAGAGACAGAAGAAUGUCCUAGUGAUCUGUCAUCAAGGAGUCAUGAGAUGUCUUCUAGCGUACUUCCUUGACAAGAACUCAGAUGAACUUCCAUAUUUGAAAUGUCCACUGCACACUGUCAUCAAACUCACUCCUGUAGCCUAUGGUUGUCGAGUAGAAACAGUGACGUUAAACAUCCCAGCUGUAGAUACACACAGACCAAGACCUGACAAUACCCUGCCCAUUCCAAAGGCGGUUCCAGAAACAGAAACAGAAAAUCAGUGACCCACGAAGGCUUCCUCAAAUAGGCAACAGGAGAUCAAAACACCCUUAUAAGGGGUUGGGUGUUCUCUCUACACGAUGCUACCUAUCGGUCUAAACUACAGCUCUGGGCUGCCCAUUUUAGGUUGCUCUUUCUUCAUCAUAGACCACAUAAAGGCUAGAAAAUAGGACUCCCUCAAGAAAGAUCAAAUAAAAAAUUGAAAACUUCUUUUGCUAAUAAAUUUUAGAUUCUUUCAAGUUUCUAAAUUUGAUGCAGAUUAUUUAGGACCUUCUUUCAUUCCAACCAAUGUUUUUAUUUACCUCUGCUAGUGACAAAUUCCCUUGCUCCAUUCAUAUUGAUUAUUGUAGAAUAAAUACAAAUAAUGGCACUUUAUUAAGACAUGUGGAUUUAUACAUUGUGAACAAAGUUUGUAUUGUGUGCACAUGGCAUGAACAUGACUCCAUUCCUUAAAAAAAUAUCACAUGUUAUGUAACAUGUCCCCCCCCCCCCCCCCCUCCCUCCCUCUGCCUAGUCAUGCAACUGAUAUAAUGUUGAUGUGUUCUAUUUAGACGGUUACAACCCAUUUCACAGUCAUAAUUGUAUUUGGUAAAUUGUAUGCAUUUAAGGACCCCAUGGAAAAGCAGCUAUUCUUUGUCAUUACAGCUAAAAAUGGGCUCCUCACCAUAUUUGAAACUUAAAUUCCAUGAUGUAUGUUUUAUGUAAUUAUGGAAAUAAAAUCAAACCAUCAAUGCAUUCAAUGGUAGAUAAACGAUCAACAUUAGACCCAUUUAAUUCACAGCCCAAACACUAUUUGGAAAAAUCUUUGAAUUUUUUUACUGCUAUUUACACUACUCGGAAAAAAGAAGGAAAGGGUUGGUGUUUCCAGCGUUUAAUUUAAAAAAAAAAUGAGAGGUGGCUCUUUUGGUUUAUUUCUUUUUGUAUUUUCCAUUAGCUGCUUAGCAACAUCCGGUGAUACAUUGGAAUGAGAAAAAAUUGAUAACUUUUGCUUAUAGUGUAAAUGAAUAUAUUGAUAUAAAUAUAGAAAAAUUAGGCAUUGUCUGUUUGGAUCCAGAAGGGCAUUAACUCUGUGUCAAUGUAUAUGAUUUAAUGUCCUUGUGGCUCCAAUUAUAUGACUUAUAAAAUAGUAGGAGGCCAUAUUGUGUAUGAACUCUGAGCAGGUUUUGAUAGGAUUUCAAAUUACUGAUAGCUUGAUGUUCUGAUGUGCUAUGACACGUAGAGGUUGAAUUUAAAAGUCGAUCAUGACAUAGAAGGAUUUUUAGUUGCUAAAAUAUUAUUUGAAGAUCAAUUUGUAAAUCUAGUGUAUGAGAACCCAUUUCCAAUAAGUGUAGAUAUAAUGAAAAGUGCAAUUAAUUGAGGCUUCAUGUGUUCUUUGAUGUGAGUACUCUGGGAGAUUCAUUAGUGUUCUCCUCAUCUUAUAUCGAAUCUGUACUGAAGACCUUAUGCUUCAUAGAUUUAUUGUUUAUUUCAACUUUUAGUUCACUGUACAUUCUUGCAAUUUGGUGUUAUGUUGUAGGUCAACGUACAAAGAUUAUCAUAAAACAGGAAGAAAAAAAAAGUGAAGACUAUCAAACGAAUUGUUUACUAUGACCAUUUCUGUAGCAAAAUAACUUCAUUGAAUUGCAUAAAAUCAUUAUUGUAAUUCAGUCAUUGUGAGUUAUAAACCUUUUACAAUUGUAAACCAUUUACAAAUUUUGAAGAAGUUUUUGGUUUUCCUUUGUAAUGUAGAGAUGUUUGAAUAAUUUCUUAGUUAUCACUUUUCCUUAAUCAUCAAAGCUAAGAUGAAGAUCUACUCAAUGCAAUGUUGAAUGAACUAUCAUCUAUUUAGAAGCAGAAGGGUGUUAUCAAGUGAUAUGAGUUAAUGCCCUUCUAUCUCUCAGUAGAGAAUACAAACAUGCAACAUUGUGAAGAAAGCAAAAUGUGUUGUCUUUUUUAGAUAGUUUCAAAUUCUCUUUGUUUUGUUGAAGUGGCAGAUGUGUAUCUCAGGGAUCUGAAACCUUCUCUGUAUUCUUUACCAUUAUAGACAGCGCAAAUAUUUAUUAGUACAAUCGUUACAAAUUAUUUUUAAUUUUUAUAUUUAAUGACCUUUCAAUUUCUUUUACCAUACUCUUCCCCAAAAAUCCUCAUAUGUCAAAAUUGAAAAUUUCAGCCUUGUGGAUGAAAUUUAUCCCACAGACAUUAGUUGUUGCUAUGUUGGGCAUGAUUUGGACAAGUUUUCUGAUUGUCAAGAACAACUUCUUUGUACAAGUAUGCAUAAAAUAUGAAUAAAUUCUUUAAGAUUCCUAUUGUAAUUAUAUUAAUUGCCAUGAGAAUCUUUCAAGAAUACUUUAUCAGCAGAGAGCCAAAGGAUGUUUCGUAGAGCUAAGGACCUUCUAGCUCUCUGCAGCUGAUUUAAAACCCUAAGGUGCUAAGGUGGUUGGGAUUAUAAUAAAUUCUGUCUCUUGAGAAAAGAAAUGAAGUUUUCUUUGAAGAGUUUAUAAUGAUUAGAUUUAUGAGAUUUUUAAUUUUGUCUUGUCAUGACAUAUUUCAGUAUAUUAUGUCUUAAAUUUUCAUUGAUUUUGUGCUGCUGAAAAUUCACCCGCUAGAGAGAAUUCUGAGAUAAUAAUAAUCGAGUUUGUUAACCCUCAAUCUUCACUUUAUUAGAACCACAGUGUAGUAUUUAUAGUCUAUGCAUUUAGCAAAUAUCAAAUAGCCCUUGGAAGUGAAGAUUAGUAAUAAUUUGAGUGUAUUUAUCAAAUGUGAAUACAUUAGUAUUUUAUUGCUGCUUUUUUGUAAAGAGAGGUGUCGGGUGUGUGAUAUUUUUUUCUCUGGUUUGGGUGCAAACUUUGAAUAAAUGACAACAUGAAAGUAAUCA